UGCGAGCGCUGAUUGCGAUUUGGCAAUCGAGGUCAUACAUACACUGGACAUGACUUUGAUCACCACAGGCGGUGGGUCGAGAAAAUGGGACGUGCUGAGUUUGAUCGAGCACAUGGACAGGGUAUUGGCUACUGCUACCAAGAUAUCAGCUGGUCUAAUCCAGAGCGCCGAAAGCUCGUUCGAAUGUCUCGAUGAGAGCAGUGUACCAGCAAUCCUUCGUUACUUCGACCGGGUCGACGAGCUGGGUAUCGGAGAGUUCCAAGAGCAUCUACUAACGCGGAACACCCCUCUGAUCAUCACAGAGGCGAUGCAGAAUUGGCCAGCCGUCUAUUUGGAGUCAUGGUCAUCAUUUGAUUAUCUCCUCAACGUAACCUCCAAUGGCCAACGCCUCGUACCGGUCGAAAUCGGAGACUCUUAUGUGUCCAAAGACUGGACGCAGAAAGUUAUGCCUUUCAAGGAGUUUCUCGAGACAUACAUAUUAAACCCUGAUCCACCAGCUCUCGCAUAUUUGGCACAACAUGACCUAUUCUCUCAAAUACCAAGAUUACGAGAAGAUAUCAGGAUACCAGACUACUGCUAUGCCGAUCAUGAGACAGCCUUAGAAGAGCCGAUAGUGAAUGCUUGGUUUGGUCCCAAAGGUACGGUAAGUCCACUGCACAAGGACCCGUACUGCAACAUCUUUGCACAGGUAGCCGGGUACAAGUACUGGAAAAAUUUUCCUGAAUCAGAGACGGAGAACUUGUAUCCGCGAGGGGAGGAAGAUUGUGUUGACAUGUCAAAUACUAGUCAGGUGGACGUGGAUGGUGCAGUCGACUUAGAAAAGUAUCCCAAGUAUGCGGAAGCACAGUAUCGGGAGGGCAUAUUGGGGCCGGGUGAGAUGCUCUUUGUACCGAAGGGAUCGUGGCACUUUGUGAAGAGUCUGACACCGUCGUACAGUGUCAGCUUUUGGUUCUAAUAGAUGGACGUUUCAUGGUCUUACGGAGCA